UGAGCUUAUAGGCUAAAAGCGUUUCUCAGCCUUGUGAUUGAAAACACACCAGACAGAAGAGGAUACUCACGAGAAAGAGUGAAUGUGAAAGGAAAAUGAGAUUAAAAGUGACCUAAAAGACUGUAAUAUAUGUCUAGGGAGAGAAUCAGCGGUUUCUCUUUUGUGUUUAUUUUUCUUGUUUUUUUGGCAAAACAGCUUUUAAGUUACAGGAAAGGGAGGAAGUGCUGAGAGACGCAGUGCUGACUAAUACGCAACACUAGUGCACUUCAGGAGCAGAGACGAUGGAAGAGAAAACAACUCAUGAGCUGGACGGAGAGGUGGAGGAGCUGAGAGCCUCUGCUAAAGCAGAGCAUGAGCUGAGGCUGGUAUUGCUGGGCUGGGCAGGCACAGGGAAAAGCAGUGUGGGUAACGCCAUCCUCGGCAGUCCGGUGUUUGAUACCCGCCAUGGUUCCACCUCUCAGAAGCCAGUAACCAUGAAGUGUGAGAAGGGGAGUGCAAGUGUUGCUGGAAGGCAGGUGGUUGUGGUGGACACACCAGACUGGUUCUACUCAGAGAGGCCCCUAGAGGAAGUGCACCGCCAGCUGGCUCUCUGUGAAUCGCUGUCUGCUCCAGGACCCCAUGCCUUCCUGCUCUGCAUCUCUGUCCAUCGCCCAUAUGAGAAUCUCCAGGCUCUGGAUGCUUUAGAGAAAGUGUUCGGUCUAGAAGCCAUCACCAAACACACUAUUGUCCUGUUUACUGAUAUGGACCAGCUGUCAGAGGGUCAAACACUGCAGGAGUUCCUUAACACCGAACAGAAGGAUUUAGUGGAAUUGGUGCAGAGGUGUGGAGACCGUUAUCAUGUCAUAAGAGUAGAAGGAGAAAAAGAGGAGGAGAAAAGCCAAAACUGUGUGGAAGAGUUGCUGGAGAAGGUGGAAGAGAUGGUAAAAGAGAGCGGGAAGGAAUUCUACAUCUGCCCUCCUCUCCUUCACACAGAGGAGACAGUUAGCACGAUGGAAGAAGGUAAUGAGGAAAGCUCAUCCAAUGAAUACGUGAGCAAGUGGAACGACCAAGACGAGGAGCACACAGACAUGGAGCCAGAAGCGAGUGCAGAGAAAACGGAGCCAAGCUCAGAUGGUCUGGAGGCGGAGGAGGACCUCGCUUUAUCUCCUGCUGCACCUCCUCCUUCGUUCUUGCGCUGGGUUUGGGACACAGUGGUUGGGUGGGUGCUGUGGGUGCCCAGCCUGAUCAGGGGUUCCACUUUACUUGGCUCUUUUAUUGGGUUGUUUUUUGGGGGUGCCAUGGGGGCCACUGUGGGCUCUGUUGCCACCGAGGUGGGCAGAAGAAAAAACAAAGUAAAAACAAAGUAACACUCAAUUUAUACAUCAGAGCACUUUAAGAAACUGAACAUGUAUUAAGUUUGCUUCAAAAUAAGUAAUCACGUGGGCUCAGGUGAGCAAAACAUAAACAGUAAUGUUGCCUUCAUACAUCAGUAAAGACCAACCCAAAGUAACUACUACUUAGCUAAUGUUAAAUGAUAAAUAUUAUUUAGCUGUGGCAUUUUGUGAUCUUAGGUUUGCAAGAGUGGGUUUAAGUAAAGGUUGUCAUGAAAGAUUUAUAAACACAUUAUUACACUAUACACUGAAUCUGUGCUUUAAGGCUUCAGAGCCAAAGAAUAAGCUUUAUGCCUUCAUAUAUUAGAACAACAAAACUUAUUUCCGUAACACCUUAGUAUAAUAACGUUUUAUUGUUAUACUCAUCAGGGCAUGAAGGUAGUUCAGCAAGGUAGAAAAGUCGGUGGUGUCGUCUCUGUAAUGAUAGAGUGUCAAAUUACUAAGUGGAAUUGCUUCCAAGUGAGAGUUGUUUACCACAUGGGUUUUACUCUGCUCAUUUAUUUACAUGACUUUGAAGCUGUCCAAACAUCAGAGAUUUAGUCUGUUACAUUGCCUAGUUGAUUAUUGAGGAAGUUUGGAAGAAUGAUUUGGAAGAGAUGAAUAAUAAUUUGUUUGUCUACUGUAGCAUGGUGUGCGCUAAACUUACAGGGUGUUCAUGUGUCUUUUGUUUUCACCAGCUCACAUCAUGCACUUUCAUUUUUUGAAACCUUCAUAAAAAUUUCCCUACACAUUUGUUGUGCUUCUACUUUACAUGCAUAUGGGCUGCAUGGUUUUUGUAAAGCUGUUACCAAUUGUCGAUAACAGUAUAUUAUUAGACACAGCUCAAGUGCUACAUUACUCAUACAACACAUGCUGUUUAGACAGCUUUUUGAUUCACUGAGAAAAAAAAGAAA